AUGGAUAAACCUAGGAAACAAGUCAAAGGAGGAGAUUCCACUGCUGAAGGAUCUUAUAAUCAAUUUAUUGGAGAUUCAUCGAAUUUACCCAAUGACCAGAUAAUUAAUGAUAUAUUCCUGGCUCGUAAGACCCAGCAUGCUGAAGAUGCUGUAGAUUAUGAAGAUAUUGAUGAAUUAGCUGAUGAUGAUGAAAUCAAUUUUGAUGAAAUCCAAGACGCAAGUAUUUCUCAGCGACAUGUAGAUGAUAACGAAGAUGAGCUUCAAGGACAAGCCGAUGAACAAUUUGACAAUAUGUUUGGAGACGAUGGCAAUGAAGAAAAUCACAUAGAUGAAAAUAAGUUUGGAUCGUAUUCUGACAAUAACAAUCGUUUAUUUAAUGACUUGAAUGAAAACAACCAUUCGAUAGAUGAUGAUGGUUUUCAUGAUUUGAAUAUGGGUGGAAUAUUUGAAGAUGAUAUACAAAAUAAGGAGAAUAAUUCUGCACAAUCAGAUAGAAAACGAUCACGUACAUUGGAACUGGAAGAAAGUAGAAGACUCAAGAAACAAAAGCUUGCAAGAAUAGUAAAGAAACUAGAAGAAAGAAAUACGAAGAGAAGUUUGGAGUAUUAUUUCCCGAAUUAUGCUAAGGACAAGCCCUUUAACAACCACACAUUGUUUCUUCCACCUCCGAAAUACUACUCCUAUCUUCGUCCCCCAAUAGCAUUAAAAUCCAACGUCAAGCCAUUAAUUCCACAUAAAUUAUCAUUGGAAAUUGAUGUUGACCAAAGAAAAUUAUUUAAAGCCAAAAGGUUGCCAUCAAAUAACCGUUCGGUCUCUGCAAAGAAUCACAUUAUUAAUAUCACACAAAAUGAUUUAGAAAUAAUACAAAAAUUGGAAAAAAAGGGAGUACAGAAGGUGUCUAAUUUGAACCCGAUUUCAUUCUUAAGCCUGGAUGGAACAAAUAAUGAUAAGUUUUCUGAAUUCCCUAAAGAUUUGAUUCUCUCUACGACUUAUUGGGAUGAUGAUGCUAUUAUCAAUGCAGGUGACAAAAAAUAUGAAUCUAGAGUGCCUGUCAAGGUUGAGCAAAGAUCGCUAGAUAUAGAAUCUGAUUACGAAGAAGAUGAAAACAUUUUUAAUGGACAAAUCACUGAGAAGAAUUUGAAGUUAGACAUGAAUGACCCUAAUUUGUUAUUUGUCCCAGAUAAGUCAGUAUCAGAAAAAACGAAUUCCAAGGCUGUCAUUCCUACUAAUGAAAAGUUAUUAGAAAUGAAAUUCAAUAUUUCUAACGAUAAAGAAUACGAAAUAUUAAAGAAUAAUUACAAUACAAAGGUCAGAAGUCAAUUAAGUAACUUAAAUAUUGAACACUCUAUUCCAGCAUUAAGGUUACAAACGCCUUACUAUAGAGUCAAGUUAACUAAAGAAGAUGCCAGGACAUUUCAUAGGCCUAAAUUUAAUAUAAGGCCAGGUACAUUAAUAAGUUUUUCUAAGUUGAAAUUACGCAAGAAGAAAAAAGAUAGAGGUAAAACAUCACAAGAAAUAUUUACAAAGUCUUCAGAUUUAACCACCUCAGACACAAGUACACUUAUUGGAAUGGAAUACGCAGAGGAAUAUCCUCAAAUUUUAUCCAAUUUUGGUAUGGGUUCUAAAUUGAUUAAUUAUUAUAGGAAGGAAAAGGAGGACGAUAAUUCAAGACCAAAGGCUCCGUUAGGUGAAACUCAUGUUCUUGGAGUGGAAGACAGAUCACCAUUCUGGAAUUUUGGACAUGUUGCUAAAGGAGAUUUUGUGCCCACUCUAUAUAAUAAUAUGAUACGUGCUCCGGUCUUCAAACAUGACCCUUCUCAAACCGACUUCUUACUAGUUAGAUCUCAGGGUGCUGGUAAUCAUCAAAAGUAUUUCUUGAGAAAUAUUAAUCAUCUCUUCGCCGUAGGAAAUACUUUCCCUGCGGUGGAAGUUCCAGCUCCUCACUCUAGAAAAGUUACUAAUACUUCCAAAAACAGGCUAAAGAUGAUUGUGUUCCGUGCAAUGAAUAUGAAUGAUGAAUCUCGUGUUUCUGUGAAGACCAUUGCGCAUCACUUUCCAGAUCAAAACGAUAUGCAGAAUCGUCAACGAUUAAAAGAGUUUAUGGAAUAUCAAAAACACGGAGAGGAUCAAGGAUAUUGGAAAAUUAAGAACACUGAUAUUGUGCCAUCAGAAGACGAGAUUAGAUCUAUGAUUACUCCUGAAGACGUGGCUUUAUUAGAUAGUAUGCAAUACGGGCAGCAAACAUUGGAAGAUUUGGCCUUCUUGUUCAGUAAUGAAGCAGGAUCCAAAAAAGAGGACAUGAAGAAGGAAAACAAAAAGGACAAAUCUAAGGAUGAAAAUGCCAGUGAUGGAGAAAAAGAGAAAGAAAAGCCAAAAGAGAAGAAUGAGAAAGAGAAGAAAUCCAAAUUAAAAGAUAAAGACAAUGAUAAAGAUAGAGAUAGGGAUCUUGAAGAAGAAGAAGAGCUCGCCCCAUGGAAUUUAACGCGUAAUUUUGUAAAUGCUAAUCAGACUAAAGCAAUGCUUCAACUUAAUGGUGAAGGAGACCCUACAGGCAUUGGGUUAGGGUUUUCUUUUUUCAGAUCUACACAGAAAAGCAGUUUCACCCCAUUAUUUACACCUGUUAAGGAAAAUGUUCCUAAAAAUAAUACAGCAGCAUAUCAGCAAAAGCUUUACGAGAAUGAAGUUUCAAGAAUAUGGUAUGCUCAGAGAAGGUCUUUGACCGUAGAUCAACUGGAUGGUCAUGAUUUGAGUACUGUGUACAAUGAAUAUAAACCAGCUGAUCAUGACCGAGCAGUAAAGCAUAAAAUAGCGAAAGAUAAAGACAUUGCUAUUAAUGAAGAAAUUGGAACUGCCGAAAACAAGGCCCUAAGGAUAACAAGAAGAUUCCGUGAUGAAAAUGGUAUUGUUCAAAGAAGGGUUGAUACUAUUACUGAUCCAAGAUUAAUAAGAGCAUAUAUAAGACGGAGAAAACAAAUUGAAGAUGAAUUAUUAAGAAAUGCAGAGGUUGACGAUAUUAUUCCAACGAAUGAUAAAGAAUUAAACAAGCUUCGUCGUAAGGCAUUAGAAGAAAAAUUAGCUAGUUUGGAAAAGAAAGCCAAGCUGGGAAAAGGUAGAAAGCCUUCCAAAGAUGUAUUACACGCGGCUGUAGCUGCGGGUGGGAAGGUUAUCGAUGCUAACACUGUCAUGUUACCUGAUGGUUCAUAUACGUUCGGUGGUAAAGGCAUAGGUAAGGGUAAAAGUAAAACAAGAAGAUGCGCUUCAUGUGGUGCUUUUGGUCAUAUUAGAACCAAUAAGUCAUGCCCUUUAUUUUAUCAAAAUAAUGAAAAAGAAGCUUCAGCAGAAAGCAACUCUGUAGGUGCUGAAAAUUCGGCGCCACCUCCUUCAUCUUUUCCUCAGGCAGGACCUUCGGGCCAGUAG